UGAAUAGUUUUACAUUUCUUCUCCAGUGAGAAUCAGUUCAACUUCAGUCUUCAGCUUCUGGAGAGUGAAUUGAACCUGGGGGGACAGCAUCGUGUGAUGGAAAAUGGCACUACCUCGGGAGAUAUUCAUGCACAGAUUCUGUUGCCUUCUGGUGAAUCCAUCUCCUCAAACAUAAGCCUUAGCUAUGUCAAGAUAGAAAAUGAGGAUGUCAUAUUGGUAUCUGCAAGCCAUGAGGAAAAUACAGUUGAAUGCCAGUUGCGGGUGAGUCAUGGUGGUCUGCUUGCUGAAGAGAAAGCUGGUGUCAACUUUACUCUCAUUACACCACAUCCUGACUUCCAAAAACUUGGAAUCGUUUUCUAUAAAUCUGGGAGUGCUCAUAACCGUUAUUCAGCACAGAUGGAGUUUGACAAAUUUAAGAUUCUAGGAGAUGUCCAUCUAGGUUAUCCAUCCAACAUGUUGGUCAAGCUGGAAUACCAAGGUGGGGAGGAAUGUUCAUCUCUCCUCCAUCUUGAGCAUACCCAAAGUGAACACCAGUACUUGAGCAUAGUCAAUGUAACUCUUACUCAGGCCAGCAAGCCUUGGGAGUUGGUCUUGAACACUUCUCUUGAUCACUCCAGUUACCAACACUUUUUGGAUACCAGAAUAAAUAUCCAGGCUCCUGUGAUGUCCAGUCCCUUCAACUUCCAGGGUAUGUACAAUGUGACAGAAAACCAGGUGCAACUUGAGCUUGAGAUUGGCCUGGAGAGGAAUAUAUCUAUUUUGUACCAUGGGAAAAAAGAACUGUCAUGGAAGAGACACCUUCUCAGUGGCCUUUGGAAGGUUGAGGCCACAUGGAUAGAACCAAUGUCUGUCAAUAUGACUUAUGAUCACACUUUGGAUGGCAUUAAUAUCAAUGUAGUCUUUGAGUCAGAGGAAGAUUACAUAGACUCAUGGAGUGCUGAGUUCAGCAGUGAAUAUUCUUCAGCUGAAAACAUCAAGGCUAAUUUCUUCCUCACUCAUGAUGACCUCCAAAUUACGAUGCAAGCAGUACAUAACCAGUUUGAAAGUAACUGGAAACAGGAGCUUGAGGGAUCAAUCAACACUUUCACAGUGACGUACAACACAAAUGUAGAGUGGAAUGAGUACUUAGUUCCAACUAAAGCUAAAGGAAGCUUAUCUCUCUUUAACUUCUUAGACCACAGCUUAGACCUGUCUCUCUCCCACACUGAGGAAUCUUCAAUGCACAUAUCUGAGGUUCAUGGUACAUUUGAUGACUACAGCUUUGACUUGGAGCAUAAGCUGGAACCAAAAGAAUCUGAGGAGGGAUGGCAGGAUCACUUGCAUGUUACUUUGAGAGAUGUUGGUGAAUCUACUGGUGGCAUUAGCCUCACAGCAAACACUCAUGGGAAUUGGUCAUCUGUAAAUUCCUCCCUCAAGUUUGAAUCUCCUUGGUCUGAUGUCUUCAGUGCUGAUUUUAUGAUACAAAAUAUGGACUCAUUGUCAAGUGUUACGUUGAAUUCUUUUUAUGGUGGUGAAUCUCUCUUGUCAACCGACAUUGUGUAUUACUGCUGGGAAUCUUGGAUGAAGUCAGAUUUAAAAGUCAUAGCAAUGUCGUCAUUCUUUGACGAUUUUGAAUUGAAAUUGCAAUAUAACUUUGAUUCUGUAAAUCUUGUAUUUGGAGAAGUGACAUAUGGCCCAGAUGUGCAUGUGCAGCUUGGAAGUUAUCUGAAAGUUAAGGAGACAUGGUUUGAGAAAGAAUUUCAGGCAUAUUCCUUUAAUGCAACGGCAAGAAUUACUAAAUUUGAUAUUAAUUUCAAAAGUAUGGGAGCUGUUGAUUCACACUUCAAUGGAACAUUGAAACUGCAGUGGAAUGAAAAUCAUCUCUCUAUAAAUUCCUCUAUUUUGAAUGGCAAUGUUUUUGAAGCUGAAAUGAAAAGCUCUAAGAUGAACUAUCAGUCAGAGCUAAAAUAUGAGCUUGGAGAUAAAGUAUUGCUCACUCUCAACUUUACUCUUCAGAAAGAAAUGGAAAAUAUAAUAAUUUUCCAAACUAUAGUUGACUCUGUGUACCCAAAGUUCCAUGCUGUGUCCACACUGGAAAUCUUAACAGACCCAACUAAUAAAGUUCAUGGUAAAAUACUUGUAACCGCUGAUGUUACCAAUAUUGACAAAUAUUCCCUUCAGGGAAAACUGGAAAUGAAAUCAAAUCUGCUUGCUGCCAAGGAGUAUGGAGGCUUGUUAAAUCUUGAUCUAAAUUUUGAUAAUGAACUUAACUGGAAAGGUUUAGUUGAGGUUGCAGGCACUGGAGGAGAUUGGGACAUUAAGAGUGGUGUGAACGCUUCCCUUGUAGUAAAUGAAGAUUUGUCUCACUUUGAAUCAGGAGCAAGGCUUCAUCUGAUGUAUGGCAAUGAGAUAUAUAAUUUGAAAGAUGUGAGAGUUUCUCUGGCUGCAGACAACAAUAAUGUAUAUGAGCUGAGAAUGACGCUUCAGCCACACCACACACUUACCCCAAGAUCACUGGCUAUCAUUUACAAUCACCGUUAUGGAGCACUUAAAGGUUUUCUCAAGCUUGGAGAUUCUAGAAAUUAUGAACUUUCCUCACGACUUUCAAGCAGGACAUUUACUGUGGAUGCUCACCAACUGAAUGAAGAUAAUUCCAAGUGGCAGAUAGUUGAAGGAAAUAUCAAUUGGAUAUUAAAGAGGACAAAACAGCUUGUCACUGUAAAUAUGAAAUCUGACAUUUCCUCCAUCUCCAAAAUUACUGGCAAAAUUGUAGUUCAGAAGAAACGAGGCUUGGCUGUCACUGCAACACUGAAAGUCAAUGAUGAUCAGUUUCAUGGUAACUUCCGGCUUAGUACUUUGGGAUCUGGAAGAUUCCGAGUCGAUAUAAAAGUUGAUAAUAGUAUAAUUAAAGUAUUUGAAUCUGAAAUAGCUGUAGAAAUUAGCUAUACACAAAGUAGUUUGAACUUCAAUGUGAAGAUUAGCUUAAAUGAAAAGCCACGCUGGGUUGAAUUAAAUUUCAAGUUGAACAUCAAAGGAUUAUAUUUGAAGUUGAGAACACCUCUUUCAUUCUUGGAGACUUUAAAUAUAACUGUUAGAAGUCCAUCUGAAAUGUCUGGAUGUGAAAUUAUCAUUGAAACUCCUCAGUUUUGUUUGAAUUGGGCUUCUAAAUACGAUGGUGUGCUCGACCUGUCCCUUAGCAUGAGCCUGGACUUACACUGUGAUAAGGAUUUAUUCUUUGACUUCAAUUUUCAAUCUAAAUUUUCAAAAAAUCCGAUUGGGAUUUUUUGUAAACUAAAUGCUGUUGAGUAUGGAUCUCUUUUUAAUUUCAAUACAACUGGUGAUUUGACAUCAAAAGGAAUUGACCUUCAGCUUGAAGCAGAGGUGUACCCUAAUUAUAACAUUGGUUUGUCAUUGGCAUCUCAAGUGGAUGAAGAAAGCUUUCUGAGACUGCGUGUAUAUGAUCUUCCCUCCAAUGGGACGUACUUUAUAUUCAAGACCUUUGUGUCUCCAUCUAAAGCAGAGCUACAGUUUGAGCUCCCUGAAGAAAAAUCUUUCAUUAUCAAAGCUGAUUAUGACUUCCAGAAUCAACCUAAGAAACUCAUCAGCAGUAUUACCAAUUCUAUAUUUGAUUAUGAACUUAAAGCUGAGAUAGAUGGGAAGGCCUCUUUGGAGACUGAAGGAGGAAACAUUGACCUGAGUCUUACUUCAAAUACACCACUUACUCAUUUGAACAUAUCAGGAUCAUACAGUUUCUUGGAAGAAUUGAAAGACUUGAGCUUCAAGAUUUUGACACCCAUUGGUGAUGCAAAUGGAGAAAUACAAGUACUGCAAGAUGAGGGUUUCUUGUCUAUCAAAGCUGACAUGACUUCCAGUCUUCAUACUUUCCACAAAUACCAUUUCAAAGUGACCCACUUAACUGAGAAUGCUGGAGAAAAGCUGACUGCCACCAUAACACAAGAUGAUAUUGAGUACCACAUAAAUAGUUUCAGAAAAGUCACUGAUGAAGGUUCUAAGGGAAAUUUGAAUGUUACCUUACCAUUUAAAGGGUACGAACACUUCAGCUUGAGCUACAAUGAUUCUAAAGAUGGAACAUAUCAAGGAAAGUUAAGUUUGAAAUCUGAAAAUGGAGUGUAUGUGGUAGAGGCAAACCGUGAUCCUAACGAUUUUCUACAUCAUUUGCUUUUCAAUUGGACAAGUUCUGAAAAUGAGUACAUGGGUGCCAUCAAAUAUAGGGCACCUCCUAGUGGUCAUCAGAUUGAAACUAUUUUGAAUAUCCCCGAGAUAGAGGGAGACCCUCUGUGUUUUGUAUUGAAAUUUGACAAAGAUGGAUCAGCUUCUGCCAUGUUUUACAGUCCAUAUGGCCUGGUUGGAGCUGAAGGCUCUCUCAUUUAUUUAGGAAAUACUAUCGUUUCCUCAGUAAUUGUUCACCUGUCACUGUUUGACCUUCCUGAGAUUAACUUCGAUAUGACUAUACCUCUGCAAGUGUCUGAGCGAGGUGAGAUGAAGAUGGUGUGGAUCCUUCCCCAGUGGAGGGCAGAGAUGUGGCUUGUUACUGGUGAGCAACUUAGGACAGGAGAUACUGGCCUUCUGAUAGAAUUAGAUGGUGAGACUACAAUCUACAGCCUGUCUUAUGAUAUUAAGGAUGCUCUUAAACUAAAAGGACAAUUUGAUGACUUGAAUCUAGAGACAACGUGGACUUUAAAAGGAGCACAAAUUUUAAUCUCAGCGGGACACUUUGAAGUGAAAUCCAACUUUCCUGGUUAUGAAGCCAUUGAUGGUUCCUGGGAGGUGGGUUAUAAAAACUGGCAGUAUUAUGGUCAAGCAGCUCUGGAUGUGAAGCAUCGGAAGGUGUUCUCUAUCAGUACCACCCUCGAUACCUUAAGUGAGGGUGCAUCUUAUCAGUGGCAGAAUGUUAGGCUCAACUUGCUGAUUGAAUCACCUUUCACCUCACCUCACCAUCUGCAUGCUGAGUAUCAGCUGCUCAACCCAAAAGUAUUACUCUACUACCAGCAUGGCCUUGACACAUUUAAGAUACAGCUGAAUUCUGAUAUUAGGAGGAAUGCAGCUACAUUGGCAGUAACUGGCAAUAUUCCAGUACAAGGUAUUUCAACCUUUGAUAUAAGCGUUGCAUACAACUUUUUGGAUUCUUACAUUGCAAAUGUUGUCAUAAAAGUAGAAGACUCAACUUUAGAACACAAAUUUGACUUUUCUCCUGACUGGAGGGUAGGCUCAGUGCAGAUGAUCUUUACUUCACCAUUCCUGGAGCCAGGCAGGGCUCAGUUAAGCUGGUCACUUGUUCCAAAUUCAGUCAUCCUGAAAGGAUUCUUUAAUUUAGGAGAACACUCUGGAAAGAUGAAGAUGUCCUUAGAGAAUACAAAAUCUUCUGCUGAUUUUGAUUGUCAUAUAACAACAUCUAUGAAAGAAUUGUCACAAUUUCUUGUCAACCUCUCAUACAAAGUGCCUGGAAUUAACAACUUUGAUGUGUCUCUUGCUGCAAGAAUGAACAAUAAUGGUAUCUUAAUGAAGUCUUCUUUUGACACCAGUGGUGGAAAAAUUAUGUUUAAAUUCAAAGGAACUCUUGAAAUUCUUGGGAAUAGAGGCUCACUAGAGGUGGAUCUGGGACCAAGUGGAGAUGGACACUCUGCAUCAGCUGUAGGAAAAUUCCCUGGGUACGAAAAGUUUUCCAUUGACUUGUACUUUGAUGUGUAUCAGUUGAAACUUAACAGUAUGUAUGAUGCAAGAGAAAUUUUGGUGGUUAGUGCCACUUAUAGUGAAACAAAGAUACAGUUCUUCUGGACAGAAUAUUGGUCCUUAAACUUAACAAGCCAGCUUUUGUCAACAGGCAGAAAACAUGUGUUACGUGUGACAUUCAGUGGCUUUGGUAUUGAUCCAAUCGAGAUGGAGGCAAGUUAUUCCCAGCGACGAAGUCACCUUCUGAAGCUGAGCCUGACUUCUCCCAUGAUAUCAAACUUCAUCCUUCAGCUUCAGUACUCAGGCAACACGAUCACUGUUCAGGCCACAAUUGGUGAGAAGAUUUAUAUCAUGUCAGGGAGGGCAAAUCUCAGGAGACUCCAGUCCAGUUUUGAUGUCCAUUUUGAAUCCUCAGAUGAACCUGAUAAUCCAAUAGUCAUGCAAGCAGAGUAUGAUCUGACAGAUUUCUUCAUGGGUAGGAUGAAGUCCGUUAAAAAUCUCCUCCAGGUAACUCUUGAGUGGGAAGAAAAACUCCAAGUGAAUGUGACAGGUUUACGCAACAACAAUGUGAUCAAGAUUGACAUCAAGACGGAGACUCCACUAAAAAGUCUUCCUCACCUCCAUCUUGGUUUCCAAGGCAAAUUCUUCUUUACAGACUUUGUUGGUUUCAAUUGUACUGCCUUUGCUGAGUGGUCUGAGAAGAUUGAGAUGACUGCUAUUGCCAAGCUAAUGCAAGCAAAUGUUAAUGCUGAAUGUACACUAAAGACUUCUUACAGACAUCUGGAGAAGUUAUCUGCAUCAUUAAAGCUGGAGCCAGGUGAGCUACAAUUAUUGGCUCAAUAUAAUAAUGACACAUGGAAGGCUGUAUGGAACUAUCAGUUUGUUCCAUUUUCAGUGACUUGCAUAAUUGAGACUCCUAUCACAAAUUAUGAAAUGAUAUCACUUACUAUUUCUAUAAAGACAGAUGAUGAAAAGAUUGGAGCUGAGUUUGCUCUGAUCUGGCCAGAAGAACAGAAGCUGGGUGUACAAAUAAAUGUUGAAAAGUGGCAAUUAGAACUAAAUUUCCAAAGUCCUUGGGAGCCUUUCACAGUAGGCCUUUUCACAGUAUCACUAAAGACUGAAAGUGAAGAACUGACCAUGUCUAGUGGCAUUCAAUUGGACAAACAUGAAGCAGAGGUAACUUUUGUUCUUCUUGAUUCAAAUGUCAAGCUUUUGGCCAGCUAUAGUGAAAACUCAGGAACAGUUGGCUUGGCUAAGCUUGAAUAUUCCCAAAGAGAUGAUGACAUGAGGAUUUCAUUACAAAUACAAACUCCAUUUGAAAAUCUAGAAUUAUUUGAGGCAUCACUACAGUAUGGGGACAACAAAAUGUCUCUUACAUUUGAAUUAGAUGAUGUUAAGAAUGUAAUUGAGGGUAUGUAUUCUACAGAUGGUGGAGAGUUUAUGGCUAAAAUUCCAGUCCUUAAUAACUUCAGCUGGUCAUUGACAUCAGAAAACAAAUGGCUGAAAGCAAAAAUUGAUAUUGCUUUUGAAAUUCCAGGCAAGUCUGAUCCAUUAGUUUUAGCCCUGCAAUAUGACAUUAAGCCUGAAGUCAGCACAUUCAAAUCUAUGUUCUCAGUUAUUCAUGAUAAAGAACUAGUAUCUCUUGAUAUGAAAUAUGAUCAAGGACUCUCCUUCAUGGCAGCCAUAAUAAACUACAGUCUAGAUAUACAAGUCUCUCUUUCUGGUAAAGAGAAUGGUGUAAAAAUCAAGUUGGAAGCCCCAGAACUAGGCUUAGAAUUGUUAGUUAUCAAGAUGAAUUUUGAAUUUGAUGAAAAUACCAACCACUUUGAAGUUGUCUUUCACAUCUUAGUGAAACAACUUAGUAAAGAGUCUCACAUGUACAAGAUACAAGGAACUUUAGAUUUAAGUGAAGAUGAGAUACUUGUGAAAGUAGAAUUUGAAGAUGAUAGUUUACCAGCUUAUGAAGUCAACAUAAAAAUACCAAAUCAUACCAUUGGAUUACAAAUUACAGUGACAGAAGAUGGAAAUGAGUUGCUUGUUAUGCAGUACAGUUCUGGGCUUCAGAAUGACCUAUUCCUGCCUCAGAAAUUAGUGAUUCAGGGCCCAGCAUGGGAAGCACAUGGGCAGUUGUUGCUCACUCUAUCAUCUUUCACUGCUUCCUUAACUCUCCCAAAGUUCUCACAGCAUUCCAUUACUGUGGCAUGGCCAGAAGAAUUUGACAUCAAAGAAUUCAAAAUCACUGCAGAAUUGAAAUCUCCAUUUGUACCACAAGAAGUUUUAAAAUUGACUUUCAUCAGUUCACUCUCUGAAAUUUUCAAUGGAAAGAUGGAUUUGAGUAUAGUAUUUGGAGAUAAAGAUAUACAUGUUAAUGGUGAAUACAGGUAUGAUGAGUCAUUGAAAACCUUCCAUGCAGAAGUUGAAAUGGUUUCUGAUUGGGGAAUUUACUAUUCCUUCCAAACAAAUGUUCAGUGGAGGAGAAAUAUCCACGUGACAGCAAGUUUGGAAACACUGGAUGAAGAACAUUCUUUUGUUUGUCACAUAGAUACAUCAAACUCUGCCAUAGAAUUGAUGGUCAAGUCUGCUCUGCUGCCUGUGAAAGAAAUAACCUUUACAGGAGAGAUAAGUAUUCCUUUAGAAUCCCCUUCUUUUAAUUUAAAGAGUAAACUUAAAGCAGAUAACAAAGAGAUUGAGUUACAAGUAAGGUUUGAAUAUGAUCAAUUGAACAACAUUGAUUCUCAAGUUCUACUGAGGAUGAACAAUCAAGACUUACUUGCAACGUCAUUGAAGAUGUAUGAAGAUGACAAGAGAACUGAUUUUGAUCUAGCAGUGGAUCUCCAAAUGGAACAUUUUGAUAGGGUUUUUUAUGCACGAUAUUAUAAUGCAAGUUGGGGAAGAUACUGGCGUUUGUACCUGGCACCUCAGCUAAUUUUUGAAGUUGAUCAAGAUCUUACUCUUUCUGUCAUCAACUCACAUGAACUGAAAAACAUGCAAAGUUUUACUUUUAGUGGACCAAACUUUAAACUCUUUGCAGAAAGUAAUGUGGCUGAUGGAUUAGGUCAAGUAACUAUAAGUUUGGGCCUUGAUGAAAUUGACUUCUUUAUAUCUGGAGAUAUUUUCAAGGAACAGCGGAUUGGUGUUAAGGUUAAAAGCACUUUUAUUAACUGUGAAGUGUUUUCAAUCUAUGCCAUAUGGUCUGGAACAGAGCAAGAGAUAGCAGCUGAAUAUUCUGGCAAUGGGGAGGUGAUUACAUUUGAUGGCAUCCUUCGGCCUGAUGUCUCAUUUGGAUAUAGUAUUGAUUUUAUUCUGAAAACUUCCUUUGAGGAUUAUAGAAAGUUUGCCUUGUUUACUCCCCGCCAUAAGAGUGGCAGCCAGACUAAAGCUGUGCUGGAAUAUCCAGGGAGGAAAGUUGGAGUGGAUAUUAAUUUGAAUUAUCAGGAGAUUUUUAAAAGUGACUUCAGUAUCAGUCUUUAUUUGCCAUAUGAAGAAUUUGAAAUUAUAUCUCUGAAAUACAUAAUGCAUCCAAUUACUUUGAAGAAACGUUCUCGUUAUUCUCACUCUGAAGUUGAGGCUAGAGUGGGUAAGAUUGGAAUAGGUUUGUCAUCAAUUAUUGAAUUUCUUGUCAGUGGAACACAUAUAGAGACAGUUACUUCUCUGAAUGAAUAUAAAGGAAAAUCCAUUCUUCUCAUGACUCAUGCUAAAAAUAAACGAAUGAUGGUUAGACACACUUUUGUACUUGAGCCAAGAGAAGUGGCAGAACGUCACUCAUUCCAUGGAGAGAUGUUUUAUGAGGCCAACGACAGAAUAUUCUUCAUGAUGAAAGAUAACAAGGAGGACUUAAUAAAGCUUCAUACUGCAUGGGGUGCAGAGAAGAUCCUUACAUUUGUUACGCCCAAACUUUUACCAGGUUACAUUCAUGUAAACCUCGAACAUGGAUCUUUGAGAGAUGAUUACCGCAUAGAGUUUGGCCUUCUGACUGCUGAUAAGGGAGCCUGGUCUGUGUUUGGACUCCAGCUUCAUAAGGAGACACUGCCUGGUGGUCACCACCUCUUCCUGUUGGGUCGUAGUGGUGAGUAUCUAGUCAAUGUUGCAGGAACAUUAUCUGCAGAUUUGUGUCAUUUUAAUAACAGCCUUGUGCUUGCUUUGAAUAAGAACAAGAUGGGUUACAAAGCAUUGUUGCUUAGUGAGCCAGGCUUCCUUAGUAACAAAUAUACCAGUGACAUUCAAGUGUUGCUGCACAACACAACGCUGUACCACCACACACAGGCAACAGCAACCAUUAAAAGUAUGGACCUAAUGUCCAACUUUACAUGGAACAAAAAGGAUGAGGCGAUACCCCCAAUAACAUUUAGCAUGAAUUAUGAUGACAAAUCCUUCUUUGGAAUUGGCAAGAAAUAUUUGAGUGCAGUAUUGAGCCAUCCAGACAUCAAGGACAUAACCUUACAUGCCAAUAUUAGCCGCACCCACAAUUCUUCAUUGCUUGGCUCAGCACAACUUGUGGACGGAAACUCUCCUGAGAUGAAGAUAGUGGCAUCAAUGAUGGUUGAGCCUGUGAUGGAUGAUGGCAAGCAGACUGUGAGCCUCAGUCUCUCCCAGCCAGUCUCUAACUUCACCAUACAUAUGGAUGCCCAACUCAGUCAGGACCCAUUUACUGAGGCUCUCUGCAAACUUAGGUACUACAGUCUUGGCUCACAAACCUGGCAUCAGGUCAACCUCUCAACAUCCCUAGAGUCUCAAGGCAGUGGCCAUGCCCUCACAGUGGCUAUGGAGGUUCCAGAGGAGAAAUGGGGCCACACAUGGAUGGGGGCAUUGGAUAGCAGGCCAGAGGAGGCCUCCCUCAGCUUGGAGGGAAGCUCUCUGGAGCAUGGAGAAAUUUGGAGGUUGAAAUCUGUUGUCAAGAGACACAUGCCAGAGCUGGUCAUGCACCUGAGUGUUGGUAAUGAGGAGGAGGUGUAUGAAGAAUCAAGGAUGAGGCUUGGCCUGCACAGUCCAGUGGAGGUUGGGGCAAUAGUGGACCAUCUCAGAUUUGGUGAAUGGCACCAAGAUGCAGCACUUGGCCUCAGACUCACAUCACCACAUGUCUUGCAGGCCUUCCUUGAUUUUAACCCUUCCUUGGACUAUGAAGAUUAUCAAGAUUGGCUUCGAUUGUUUUCACCCUCCAUGGAAAUGUUUGAAGUUUGGAAGAGGGAUGUAAUGAUAACAGCACAGAAUUUUAAGCAUUGGGUUGCAACAGAAGCUCCAACAGUAAUGGAUGCCCUAGUGAAUAAGGAGGCUGUUCUUGUUAUAUAUAAGAGAGAGUCAAGUAACUGGGAUUAUUUCAUGAAAGAUGUGCAAGAUACCUAUCAAGGGAUUGCUGAAGAUGCCAUAACAUUCUGGGAAAGUGUCCUGGUACCAGUAUUUACAGCACUGCAAGACUACAGUAUUGAAAUGUAUAUGGCUGUACUGGAUUACCUGUCUGAUUUGAAAGAAGUAAUGCUGCAUAAUCUUCAGAGGGCAGCACUUUGGCUACAGACAUUGUGGCACUCCUUCUUAAGCGAGUUGCUCAUUGUUGAAGCAUCAGUGAUGGAGAAACUGAUGGAGUGGGGGCUCAGUCUUGGCCAAGGUGUAUCCACCUUCUGGACCAACCUCAAUCAAUGGAUCACUUGGUUAAUUGAAGAUAUAAGUAGGGAGGUGACUAACUUGUUGGAACAGACCAGGCAAUUCUACAUCCUGGCAGGGGACACAGUGCAGGGUUAUUUCAGCCUCAUCUUGCAGGCCAUCCAGCCAUACUUUGAGGGCCUGCCUGAAGCCUUCCACAGUUAUGGUCAAGAAGUGUUGGCAGAAUUUUCAGGUCCUUGCUGGAUGGCAAUUACAGACAAGUGGAACAGCAUUGCUGCAAUGGCACAGAGCUUAGAUAGUAUGAGAGUAGUUACUGAGUUCCUACAAACAGAAAAAUACUACUCACAUUUGGUGGAGGCAAGGGACUGGUUGAAGAAUGCAGUUGUGAGUGGCUGGACUAAUAUGCAUGAAACCUUGAGUGGGGCUGUGGAGGAGAUGGUGGGUGUGUUUAAUUCUUCAGGCCCAGCACUCACAGAGUAUAUCAAGGAAGCAUGGAACACACUCUCUCAACUAUCUACCGGGGGAUUAUAUCCAGUAAUGAUGAACAUGACAUUAGGCCUCCAAGAAAAGGUGUCCCAAGUGGCUUCACAACUCUUUAGUCUUCUGAGAGAAAGCAUAGAGCCUAUGCAGUCAUACUUUAUCCAGUUCAGUGUAUUUAGACACAUUGAUGAUACCAUGACUGGAAUCUAUGAAUGGGUUAAGUCAGCAUGGGAGAGAUGGAGCUUGGGUGAGCGCAGAAAUGUGGGCUUCAUGGAGCAGCAGCUAUUCCUGCUAGGUGAUACUGUGAGAAACUAUCUAACUGAGACCAACUACCUCAUGGACCAGCUCUUUGUGUUUAAGCCGAGAGUUUUGGGUCAUAUCUUUUAUAAUCAAUAUCUUCCUGGCCACUGGACAAGUUUCAUGGAGCUUCCUUCUUGGACCUUCCCAACUCAUCUCUUCCAAUCGGAAUCAGCAGCUACGGAAGCUGAGCGACUGAUGGAAACAGCAUCGCCAAACCCAAGCCUUGUUCGGUCCAUUAUGCCACUCUACAGUGCAACUGCAAUUAUUGCAGGCCAACACAUCACCACAUUUGAUCUCCAUCACUACCAGUUCUUGGGAUCCUGCUCUUAUCUGCUGGCCAAGGAUUUUGAGGGUGGAGAUUUUGAAGUGUUUGGUUUGUAUGAGACAGAGGCUGGGGCAACAAGGCUCAAGUCUGUUGUUGUCCACAGCCAGAACACUGAUGUCACUCUGGGUGUGGAUGGCAGCGUGACCUCCAUGGGAAGCAACGGCUGGGUGCACAAAACUACAGACUACAUCAGCCUCAGCCUGCCCAACCUGUUUGUGAGUUGCAGCAGAGCACUGCAUGGCUGUGCCCUUACUGUCUCUAACAAAUACUUUGGUACUAACAGGCUUGGUGGCUUGUUAGGUAACUUCAAUGGUGAUGGAUCUGAUGAUUUCCAUGGUACAAAUUGUCGAGUGCCUGAUAAUGCAGCCCUUCUAGCUACCAUGUGGGCAGUCUCUACCACACCCUGCUACCAGGCCAAUCAAGCAAAUAUUGUAGAGGAUUACAAUGACGUCGAAGAGAAAAGUGUGAGGGAGUGUUCACAGCUCUUCUUGUAUGACACCAGUCCUCUCAGGGAUUGCUUCCAUGUCAUAGAUCCUCACCCGUACUUCACACACUGCAUCCAAGGCCACACACACCCUGCCUUCAGUGAACAUGAUUUGAACUCUCCUUGUAUUGCUGUGGCUUCCUAUAGCACGCAGUGUCAGGCCAGACUUAUCAUGUUACCUGAUCUGGACAAGUGCAAAAAUGAAAGCCAUAGUGGUUGUGUGGUGGAGAAUAAAAAAGUGCCAUAUGGGUGGAGCCAGGUAUAUGAGGAAACGUCCCAAGGCUCAGCUGAUGUAGCUUUUAUUGUGGAACUGACUGACUGUAAUGCUGACAGAGAUGUGACCUCUCUAUUUUAUUAUGUUGCCGAACAGCUAGUAAGAGGCAAUAUAAAUGAUGUCCGCUAUUCAGUGGUUGCAGUGGGUAGAGAAGAGAUUAUUACCAAGUCUUUCCUGACAAAGGAGAACACCACAGAUUUCCUCAAUACUCUGUCCCUCAAUGAAACUAAGCCAUUGGAAAACAUAGAAAAUGUAAUAGCAUCUACAGCAGCAAAGAUAGAGUGGCGACCUGGAGUGGCUCGCUCAAUAGUACACUUUAGCUGCCAGAUAUGCAAGGAAGGUGAUGAUGCAACCAAGAUCCUGCAUCAGAAUGAUGUAACAUACCACCUCAUCUCUGAUCUGAUGGUGGAGAUGGCUGGCACCCGCAAAGAAGCUCAGGCUAGAACACGCAAGCUGUUUGGUUUUGAUGAAAAUCUUGUUUAUGGCCCAGGAGAUUUCAAGAAAUAUAAAGGAAGUGAAAAAUUGCGUUUGGCUUUGAGAAGCCCCAAAGAUGGAUGUGUGGCCACAGCACUGUCCACAGGAGGCUCAGUGUUUGAUGCUAACAAGUGGAUGCCAAAGAGGGCUAUACAAACCAAGAAAUUUUUGAGUGUACUUGCAAAGCGUGUAGCAGUAUCCAGCUCACCUCCCAAGUGUCAGGAGUGCCACUGCUUCAAGGGGGACUCAAGGGCAGUACCAACCUGCUUAAAGUGUUUUGGCAAUUCAGUGUUUCUCAUCACACAAGUGGACAAUAGUACUUCAACUGGAGCAAAGGACAACAACAAUCUAGACACUGAUAUCAAAAGGAGUUUUCAAGAAAAUUUUUGAAAAGUAACAGUAACAAUACAAUGCUGAGGAUAUUGUGAUGUCAGUUCCUUUAAUUUAAUUAUUAAGCUUAAUUUUAUGAAGUCCUUGUUUAAUAUUUCAUGAUUUAUGUACAUAAGCAUUUAACUUCAUCUUGCAAUCAUGGAGGUCUGUGAGUCUAAAACCAGAUGAUAUUCAUCAUCAGAUUUAGUACCAAAUGGGAGCUGUAUAAAAGUUUUGAAAUGAAGUCAGUCUUAAUGUUAACUGAGGACUUAGUGUAAUUUAAUUAAUGUGUUGUGUUGUUGUUGUCUAGCAUAAGGUAGAUGUUUCUCAUUCUCAAUCCAUAACACAUUAGUAGUACUGUAGUGUGUAAAAGGAUAAAGGAAAUCACCUAACUGCUAAGUGUGUGAUGUGGCAACACUCAUAAGGAAUAGGGCAGCUUAACAUUUUUUGCAGGCAAGUUUACAGAAAAGCUGUAUUUUGGCUUGAGAUUACAAGCCAUCUCUGUUUCUAUACUGUACUUCCAUAUAUUUCCAUCCAAAACAUUAAGAAAACCAAAAGUAUCAUAUUGAUCUAUUUGCUUGAAGGCAUUGUAUAUUCUUUGAUAUUGGCAUUGAAGUCAGUAGGUGUGAAGCUCUUUCUUAACUGUGUGUGUGUGUGUGUGUGUGUGUGUGUGUGUGUGUGUGUGUGUGUGUGUGUGUGUGUGUGUGUGUGUGUGUGUGUGGUGACGUGAAAACCUUUCAUAUUGUGACAACAACAUUUGGAAGCAAACCGAAAUAUGUUUGACUUACCAUCAGUGCUCCAAUGAUGUAGAUUAGUUUUAUAUCCCUAUCAAAGUGCUCUAACCUAGUGUGGUGUGGUAUUUAACUCUGGCUUUACUGUACCGCCAUUAUUCAGUUUGAUAAACUAUAUACUCUAGGUUGAAGAACCAGCAUGCUUGAUGUAAGUCGUGCUCUGUAAACUCAUACUCUGGUACAGUUCAAGUCUAUGGUGUGCCAAUAAGCAUCCCUGUAUGCAGAAUGGCUGGUGUGUGGAGAGUGUAAGCCUUGGUAGGUGAUGAAUUAACAAUGAUUUCAAUGAUAUCACAAGGCUGUACAAAAUGUGUUUUCAAGGCUCAUUACCCAAUCACAAGGUAUCUAUGUUUUCAACUAGGUUUCUAAACUUUUAUCUUUGAAUUCUUAAGAGAUAACACUUUCAUCCUUUUCCACUUUGCAACUAGGCUGUCUGACCACAGAACUGUUUAUAGCUUUGCUGUUAUUGUUUUCCUUCAGAUGUCAGUUUGCUACACAUUGUCUAUUUGUAUGGCUUUGGCAUGUUUUUUGUAUAAUUGCCUCUCUCUUGAGGAUAUGACCAUUUAUGACAGCACUAAGAAACUAACUUGCAUAAUGUAAAUUACCAUCUAUUAUAUCCAUUUUCUUCUGAAAUAAUUAUCCUGAAACAUAAAAUUAUAGUUUUUUUUCCAGAUAUUUUUUGUACCUUUGGUCAGUACCCCUUAUAUACAUGCAAGCGCAUACACACACACACACACACACGUAUCACAACUCUUGGGAUACACCGUCUCUUUAAAGUGAGAAGAAUCCCAGAAUAGGCUGCAGGCACAGUCUCUCAUUUAGGAUGAUGGAAAUCCUUUAUGGAUCCAGACUGGAACUUUUCAAACAUUUUGAUUUUCUAUCACUCUCUUACUUCUUGUCUGUUCACUUAUAUUUUGUGUGUGUGUGUGUGUGCAUGCGCACGCAUACACAAAAUAAUGUUAAGGCUAAAAUUAGUGACUUGUGAUGUAAAAAUGAAAUUUAUUACUUCAUGAUUAUAAAUGAAUUAAAAUUAAUAUCACAAAAUAUAUAUUAAUGAUACAAAUAUAAGUAUGGAUAUACGAGAGAAUUAAUUUGUAAUAAUUCUUAGGCUAAAAAAAAAAUGUCAGUAAAAAUAGUAACCACGUCUACUGGUCCCAAUCCAAUGCGCAUUUCUAAUAAUCACUUCACAACAAUAAGAGGUUAUCUGUUUCUCAUUUUGUUAUAUUACAUAUAAGUUGCAAUGAAUUAAUACAGAUAUAAGAACAGUAAUAACAGCAAUAAACAUCCCUCAACAUGAUAAUACCUUUUCUGGUAUGUAUGGCAUUUCACUGCAUUGUUACAAACCCACAGAGGCUGCAGCACACUACAGAACACAGGUGUAGUGAGGUAGUCCAUACUUCUAAGUUGCUCAGUUAGUAAUCCCUUCACCAGCUUGAUUUUCCCUUAAAUUAUCAUUUACUUAAUAUAUUACUGAAUCUGUACUUAAUGAUCUGCCUAAUAUGCAAGUAACAAAGAUCAGUGAAGCAGCGUGUGGUAGAGAUUGAUUGUGAAGUUAAUAGGAGGCAAUUAAACUUGAAAAUAUAUAAUAUAAAAGCAGGACUACUGAAUCAAUACAUUCCUGCCUGUCAGGCUCCCAGACUACUUUCACUACAAAGAGAAUGCAUUAUUUUGUGAAAGAAUAUCUGAGCUUGAGAUCUUGUAUUGGAUAUGAAUUUUAAAUUGCUGUUAGUAUUUCCAAAUCUUCAUAUUCUUUAAUAUGGAUGAAUGCCACUUAGUAGUAUGUUCAUGGAUCAUAGAGCAUUUAAUUUUCAUUUAGUCAGUUUAAAUGUGACAAUUAUUUUCUAAUAAAGUUUCUCUUAUCAUCAUAGAGUACAUCUUUUUAUUAACUUUUGUGUUUCUAAUUAUUAUUAAAACCCUUGUUAUAACUUAAUAUACAAAAUAUGAUUAUUAUAAAAGCUUUCAUUAUGUUCAGCUUUCAAUCCUCUCACACCACAGGCAUUUUUCAAGUACCAUCUCAUUUCAGUCUUUAUAACAUAAUGAAUGGUCUGAAUUGGAAUAAGAUCCACCUCAAAGAUUAACUAUUAUUCAUGACAUCUGACUGAAUGGAACUGUAACAUUCCUUCUUAUCCACAACCAUUGCAGGCACACUAAUCUGUGCUGCCACGCUACCUGUGCAGACUUGAAACAUUAUUACAAAAGAGCCUAUCAUUUAUGUAUAUAAUUAUGGGAUACAUAGAGGCAUAAAUUUAAGCCAUGUAAUUAUAAUAUGGCUAAUAAAAUGAGAGAAGGAUCAGGAAUAAUAAAACUGACAGUAGAAUUCAUACUGAUACUGAGAUCGUGUUCCUUUGUGUAUGUUGUGUGGCUGAACCACAGUAUUCUAGCAGUAUUCUUUUAUGAUGCUAACUGAAUUAAUGUACUUUCCACAUGGUGAAAAGGAUCUAAAAUACUAUAAUUAUUUACUAGUUAAAUCUGGCAGAGUAAGAGAACUAAGAUAGUAAGUGCAGGAAGAUGACCUCCAGUAAAUUGUCAGAGCUGGAGGACAGUUAGUUAUAAAUGGAGAUGUAUGUCAUGGCCACCUCCUCUUGGAGUCUUAGGAACAAAUAUCAGUUAAGAAUAGAGAGAUUGAUAAAAUAGUUAAUUUGACAUGCAGUUAACAUACAAUGCAGCAUGGAAAAUAAAUUUAAACUUUCUCAUUUUGUGACACAAUGUUGUGACUUAUAAACUUAACAACAAAUGUGAGAGAGAGAGAGAGAGAGAGAGAGAGAGAGAGAGAGAGAGAGAGAGAGAGAGAGAGAGAGAGAGA